GCUGAUAAUACCGGGAGUUAUUUGCCAAUGGGAGUCCGCGCACCGCUGUCUACGUGACAUCACCGCGUCCCUUCUGACCGAAUCAAGAAGCGUUAUUUUGUUCGUGGUUGCAGCUUCAGCGGUUUACGGCCGACUUCAGCGACGAAAUAAUAAAACAACAAAACACUUAAAUACAGUAACAGAGCGAAUAAACUCGUGUUUUUCUUUCAAAGGUCGUCCCCUCAUCUGCGGUGUGCAGAUGAAUUACGAGCAGCCUCCCCCCUACACGGGGCCGGGCCCCACCGCUCCGGGGUACCCCCCUCCCACAGCUCCCGGGUACCCUCCUCAAGGAUUUCCUCCUCAGGGAUACGCUCCUCAGGGAUACCCUGCACAGGGAUACCCUGCACAGCCGUACCAAGGAUAUCCAGUCAAUACUGACCAGCCCAACCCUGGUUACCCAAGCUACCCUCCUGCACCCCCUGGGUCAUACCCGGUCCAGACGGGAUACCAGGCGUACCCACAACAACAGUAUGGUGGGCCAGUGUACGGAGAACCUCCUAAGAACACUGUGUAUGUUGUGGAGCAGGGCAGGCGGGAUGAUUCUGGGGAGCAGGCAUGUCUAACUGCAUGUUGGACGGCUCUGUGUUGCUGCUGUCUCUGGGACAUGUUGACCUAGAAUUAUAAGGAAACCACCAUGAGCCCCUCUUUUAUUUGUCAAGUUCUUUCACUCCAUGUUUCAGUCCUUAUUUAUGGGUGACUACUGAAAAAGUAAUUGAGAAACCAAUAGAGUGAUGUUUUGGUUGUAGAGUCCAUUUCCAGUAGUCCAGCUUGGAGCACCACUUUUUAUUCCUUCAAUGAAGCACGAUACGCACUGAGAGACUGAUUACACACGUCGAUCUUAUCUGUAGAGGCUUAUUAAACUAAAUGUUUUUAUUCUUUCUCUUUUGAAAAUAAUACAGAUGUCAUCUUCAUUAAUGAAAUGCAAACAUUUACAUUUUGCUUGUUUAUAGACCAGAUUUGAUAAUCAGUUAUGGCCUUGAAUGUUUGAGCUGUCUUAAUAAGUCAGAAAACGUUUGUUUCUAUUAAAUAAAAUGAUGUAAUUGAGGCUUUUGUGUACUCAAAAUG